AUGAAGCGCUUAAAAACCAUUGUGUUCAUUGUGACGGUAUUCACCACGUCUGUGGUUGCCGAUAGAAAGUUGCACGCCGAAUUCAAUCCGGGAUAUGCCAUUAUUCAAGUGAACUAUACUACAGAACGGGCCAACGACAUAAAGUUUACAGAGCCUCCGCUGUAUACGUUUGCAUCUGUCUUCAAUAAUUUGUAUGAGUUCAAUGAUGUAAAUGAUACAGCAAAUAUGAAAAAUGGCGAUAAUUUCAAAAAAAUGGAUUUCAAGAAUUUUAAAUGGAAUAUAACUCAAUCAAUAAACAAUAAUAACGAAUCUGUAGAGAUUGUUCUAUCUGCUAAUUCAUAUAGAGGGCCGGGCAUUAACAAAACUGGUAUUGUAUCUAUUACGUUAAAAGUAUGUGGGAAAAAAGGUACCGGAUUUAAGUUGCCGCAUCUUGUUCAUACUCCUGAAUCUGGAGAGCUAACACUUACACUUAAUAAUUUGAAUACAAAUUUUACGAAAUCACGCUUUGCAGUUGAGUUACUUACUAGUAGCUCUUUUCCAUUCAAUAAGUCUGAAGAAUUAUUAAGCAAUACAUUUUCAGAUGAUAAACUCUCUGGUGGAACAUUUUUAAACUAUUUGUUGAAUGCAAAAGGAGAUGUGGAAGGAGGUGGUUUUCUAAGUUGGAAACCAGUAAUAUAUAAAGCAGAAAAUACACAUGCAUUGAAUUCUUCUUCCACAAUUCAGUAUGAUGUUCAUGAUCAUCCCUUUGAAAAUGACUGGAUUAACACUCCUUUAUAUAACAUGUACGGGAAUUCAUUAUUUGGUAACAAUUCUCAGCUUCUUUUGAAGUCAAUAAAUGUAUCUUUUGGACAGCCCAAUGAUGAAUUUUAUGCAAAAUCUAAUUAUACUUAUUGGACCUUUUUAGUAGGAAUAGGUGCACCUCCCCAAACAAUUUUGGGUUUUCUUGAGUUGUCAAUUAUCGCUAGCCUUCUACUACUGUUGACUAUAACUAUGAUUCUUAUAUUUUGUAUUUUUAUGCGUUGGAUGUCUAGUAAACGUAACUCCAUAAUUUAUGGUAAAUAA